CCGGGGAGGAGACAGCGAAAUGGCGGCCCAUCAAAGGUGACUAAACUGCAAUUUUAAGAAAGAAGGAAACACAGUAAAAUCAUGGAGAAUCUGCCAGAGCUAUAUGACAUAUUCAAAGGAGAGGUUGCAAGUGUGACAGAUUAUGGAGCAUUUAUUAAAAUUCCUGGCUGCAGGAGACAAGGUCUUGUUCACAAGUCGCACAUGUCAUCCAGCCAUGUAGAUAGACCCUCAGAAGUGGUAGAUGUUGGUGAGAAAGUAUGGGUAAAAGUGAUUGGACGAGAGACAAAAGAUGGGAAGGAGAAAGUUUCUCUGUCCAUGAAGGUUGUUAACCAAGGAGAUGGGAAAGAUUUGGACCCAAACAAUGUUGGCUUAGAACAAGAUGAGAGAAAGAGGCGAGAGUUUAAGGACUACAGCAGGCAGAAAAUUACUUUGGAGGCUGUGCUGAACACCGUGUGUAAGAAGUGUGGUUGCAAAGGUCACUUUGCUAAGGACUGUUUUAUGCAGCCAGGAGGAACAAAAUACAGCUUAUUGCCAGAAGAGGAGGAUGAGGAUCCUAAAAAGGAUACCAGGCCUGCAAAGAAGAAAAAAAAGGAUAAAGAAAAAAAGAGGAAAAAGCACCACAAAGAAAAGCAGGACUCUGAAUCAGACAGCACUCAAAGUUCCAGCUCUGACAGCUCUGAAUCUGGCCCAUCGAGAAAGAAAAGAAAAAAUGAAGAGAAAAGCAGAAAAACACCAAAGAAGAAAAGGAAGCACAAAAAACACAAGAACUCUGGAAAGGGUGAAUAACUGUGUGUGUGUAUGUGUCAUAAGCCCUUUCCUGUCACUGAUCAUCUUCUUGCUUAUAAAGGUGGAGCUGAUGGGGUACAGACAAGAAAUGAACUCAUCUUUAAAUAAGUGAUCAUUGCCUUUUAAAAAUGAUGAUCUUAUUGACUAAAGACAAUGUAAAUUAUAUAAAAAAUUUACAUUGAGUUUUUUGCCUAAAAAUAUAAAAAUAACACAAGCUUUGAAUACUGCGCUUUCCAUAGAAUUGUUUUGUUUGAAUUGUCAUUGAAAUUAGUCUAAAUCCAUCCACACAUACCCAGCCUGACUGUGUGGAAAUGUAUGCCAGGGCAUGGGUCUUUUUAGACAUGCAAAAUAUACUAUUUUCUGCAUUUUCCUUGUGAUUGUCGAAUAUUGCAAUAAAAACUCCAUGAUCAUUCAAA